UCAGCAACGUAACGUAAGCAAUCAGUGGGUCACAGAAACGGGAAGAAGCAGAACAGAAACAACGUGCUACUCCAAUUUUUUAAAUAUCUCUUUAAAAAAAUAUAUUAAAAUGAGCAGCAAAAAAGAAUUAAUACUUUGCAAUUAUUGCAAAACAGAAAUAGAAGGAAAACAGAUAUAUACAACUAGGAUGCAAUUUGCCGGCAGUAAGAUUAUUGACAUUCUACAAACCGUCGCUCAAUGCACAAUUCCUGUAAGCACGCCCAUUAAAAUGUGCGGCAUGUGCACCUCCACGUUGCUUGCCACCACAGGAGUCAUUGAAAAGGUCGGGCACAUGGUCACAAAUCUAUUGGGGAGUACUCAAAAAAAAGCUGUGGAAAUUCAAAAAGAGGUUGUCCCACCAGUUUCUGAUAGCGAGGUAGAGGAGGUGCAUGUGGAAGAGAUACAGGUUAAGCCGUCGAAAGCCAAAGGCACGCCGAUAAAAAGCGCGCCAAUUACAAAUGGAGCACAGCAAAACACCAAAACAACAAAGCCGCAAGCUAAAGUCAAGCAACUACAGUCAAGCACUCCCAGCAAGGCUGAGUCUAGUCCGACUAAGCAGCCGCAGAGCAACAAAGAUCAAAACACUCCUAGUGUGACAACAACUGACAGUCCUAAGAAGCAGCCAAAGGAACUGCAAGUCAGUUUCAAGGACAACUUAGAAGAUAGUCUAAAGGAUGUGAUUAAGCUGACUCCGGCCAAGGAAGUGCCUAAGAAAUACAAGGAUUUGACUCAACUGUUUGGCAACAGCGCUAAUCCUAUACCUGACAGUGAGGACGAUAGCGAUGAUGACGAGGUCAUUGACAUCCCAGAGGCAUCGAAUGACUUUGAAUGCAAACUGUGCGAUUAUAAGACCAGUUUCCCAGCGAAGUACAAGCGUCAUCUGCGUGAAAAUCAUGGACAGAAGCGUCCACGCAUCUUGAACUGCAGUAUGUGCCCCAAAUCCUUUGGGGUAUUAAAAACCCUAAACAAACAUUUGGAGACUCACGGCGUAGUCCAGAAGAAGAAUGAUGAAGAGGCUAAAAAAGAGGCGUCAAAAACUGGAGAUGCAGAACUGGCUGUGCUCACUGCUCUGAAGCCAACAACAAAGCCAAAACCCAUACUCAAUGCUGAGUAUACCUUUGCCAUUAAGGACACCAAUUCAUCCACACCAAAGCCCAACGAGGAGCAACAGAAGGCACAACAAAUACAACUGGUGUUCACAUGCGACUUUUGCAACAUGGAGCUAAAGUAUGCGAAAAACCUUCAGGAUCACUUGAAGGUAGUCCACAGCAUUGAGAAGCCCAAGAUCUUCAAGUGUGAUGCAUGCGACGCUACUUUUGUGUACAAGACUGCAAGGGAUCGCCACUUCUUGAAUAAGCACUGCGGAGACCAGGACCAGAACAAGGCAACUAAGACUCCAGCGCGUCGUAAGACCAUCGAUGUCCGUCCGUUGUCCAUCGCCGUCAAAAUGCCGAAGCCCAAAAAAAGUCCGAUUCGUCGUAAGACAAUUGAUGUGAGCAUUGUCGAGUCACCGCUGGCCAAGAAGGAAAACAAGUUGGAGGUCAUGGAGCAGACGACAAGCAAAGAGACCAACAAAGAGGACGCAGUUACUCCCAGUCAGCUGAAUGAAUCGGUGAAGCCAACUGAGUCGCCAACAAAGAAAAAGGUGAAAGAAAGCAAGAAAGAUGACGUUUCCAGUCUGCUGAAAGAAGUGUUCAAAGCAGCCGAGUCACCAAGCAUGAAAAAAUCAAAGGAAAUUAACAAGGAAGAAGACGCAGACAUCACAUCCAUUCAGGUGGACGACAUAGCUAUUGAAGAGCCGGUUGCAGACACGCCCAGCAAGAAGACCAAGUCCAAGAAGGCAUCAGAUGUGCUUGACACUUCACAGCUGACUCCAAUGAUCAACGGCAUAAAAAAGAAGUCACACAAACGCAAGUCGGAAUCAUCACAAGUGGACAUCGUAGAGCAUGAGGAGGAGCUGCAAAACACUCCGGUGAAGAAAUCAAAGCCAGAGAAACAAAAGAAGAAGUCCGAGUGUGAGAUUAUUGAACUGCUCGACGAGAUCAACAUCAAUCCAAAGCCGCACAAGCGUGAAAUGCUCGAGUCCCAAGAUAUGUCCGAUUCGCAGCUAAGCUGCAAUCACUGCAGCAAGGUGGUGAGCUCCCGCAAACGUUUGGACUCACAUAUCAGAAAGAAGCACACUCCAACUCUCAACUGUCGCAAGUGUGAGCAGAACUUCGCCGACAGUUCGGAAUUCGUCAGUCACUUUGAAAAUUGCCAAUCAGCGGAUGCUGAUGGAUUGCCAUGUGGCGUUAAGAACUGCGACAAGAUCUUUGCCGCACCCAAUUUCCUGAGCUCACACCUCAAAAAGAAGCAUAAGUUUAUUUAAAAAUUUUCCAGGUAGCAUGAAAACAAGUUGAGAACAAGUUGGCCAAGAAGGAUGCCCACCACCGACUGAGUUAAUAUUUUUAUAAUUUUAUAAUUAGAAUCUAUUUGUAUUGAUAGUACAAAACUAUAAUAAAAAGAAAUUUUAAACUUA